AUGGAUAGCGUGCGAGCCACUGCUGCGACGUGUGCCCCGAUGAUGCAAGCCCCACCGCUGACACCAGAGCAGGAGGCGCGCUUGGACGAGCUGUCCCAGAAGAAAGACCCGAUGGUGAUUCAUGAAUUCUUGUUCUUGGUAGAGGAGUUGGGAAAGACGGAGCCCGAGCGGGCCUUCCGUACAUACGUGGAGUGGUAUCACCGGCAAGAUUAUAUGAACCAGGAGGGGCUGCUGGAGGGAGAAGCGCUCCGCUCUCACUUCAUGGAGACGCUGGCCUUCUGUCACCAAGAGAAUGCCGGAAAGCCUCGGAGAGAGAGGCAGGUAGGCCUCACUGCCCGGUCUGUCUUUUAUCCGGCUACCCUUCGAUAA